CGCAAUUAUUCAUUGGCAUAGACAAGAUAUGAAUCAAUAAAGAAGUAACCAGUUAGUCAAUUAAUUACAGUUUCCUUAUUAAGCUUCAAAUUUAAAAAAAGAAGAUGGGGAAUUGCUGCCAACGUUGUCUAACAGAUAGAUCAUUAGAAGAAACUCGAAGCAAAGGAGUGUCGACAGAAUCAUAUGAGUACUCGAAUAGAUUUGAUGUUUUGGAAUCUGAAAAAGUUGAAUCUCCGACUUGGUUUCAACAAUUCACACCAAAUGCUGCCGAAAUCAGGCCACAGUCUCAAGUCUAUCAUCACAAAGUUUCUCUGUCUGUGCCAGUUUGUACUGUUGGAAGGGACCGUCCUUCAACAUUCACAACUCUAGAGCUCAUCAGGAGAGAACUCAACAAAGUCUUUCCGGACAUCGCUGUCAAAGAAAAGGACCAAAAUGGCGACGUUGCUUUGGUGAAUCAAUGGCAAGAAAGAACUGAAGAUGCAAUUGAUGAGUCUGGUCAGAUAACACCGUCUAUUGAAACCUGUAUUGAAUGUAUGAAGAAAAAUCCAGACGACUUUAGAAAACAAUUGAUUUACUCUGAGCACAUUGGAACUUUAGCAGAUCAAGAAUUUCUAAGCUUUUUACUUUGCAAGUCAGACGCCAUUGCUUGUCUACUGACAGCCUUGAAAGCAUUCCCUGAUAAAUUAGAAUUGAAUCUCACUGUAUUUUCCUGUCUGCUGAAGUUGGCUUCUGUUUCAGCGGCUAACUGUUCUCACAUUGUGGAACACGGUGGGGUCAGUGUCAUCAAAAACACGCUGAGAAGAUUCACUGAUUCCACAGAGUUACUCAGACUCGUACUAAGAACGACCAAGUUUAUAUCAGCGGCAGAGGAGCUUGUCGCAACUCUGUCAGGCUGUGACCUUCAUUGCGAGAUCUUCCAGGCCCUGAACAGACAUAAAGCCGAUAGAGACGUCGUCACGGAAACUUGCUACAUUCUGGGCAACUUACUAUUUGCUGAGAAAACUGGCCAACAACUGCUUCGGUUUGGAGGAUUGCCCACAAUUAUCAGUCUAGUAGAAAAAUACUCCGAUGACGUCAUUAUUAUGGAAAAUGUCUGCAGAGUUUUAGGGUGUUUUGCAAACAAUGAUCAAACACACCUCGCUGUUUGUCAGGCUGGUGCAACACAAGUGAUAGUAAAAGUCUUGACGUCUGCUAUUUCCAGUGUGCCAGUCUUUGAAAGCAGUUUAUGGGCUCUGGCGUGUCUCACGGUUUCAGAGUCCACGUGUCAAGAUGUUGUGGCCCUCGGUGGUGUUGACACUGUCUUGAACAUCCUGACAGAACAUCCUCAAUGUGAACUUGUACAGCUGUACGGAACCAGGACUUUAUACAAUAUCAGCACUUUCGAUUCAACAGUCAAAUUUGUCAGUACGGAGUCUGUAGCCUUUCAUCUGGCUUACAUUUUAAGUAAUUAUACUGAUAAUUUGAUGCUGCUAGAGUUAGUCAUGGUUACAAGCAGCCAUAUUGUUUUAGAAAACGAAUCUAUACACAGACCGCUAAUGGAAAAACAUUACGUCAGUGAAAUUGUGAAAUUGAUGACGUCAUUUCCGGAAAAUAAGACCAUACAGGACCAAGGCUGUAAGAUCAUUGGAAACUUGGCAGUUCGGGGUGAUCUUCGGAAAUUGGUAGAAAACGAAGGGGCAUCAAAAGCGAUCGUGGCAGCCAUGUUGGCUUUGGAAGAAAUUCGAGAAAUCCAGGAAGUUGGAUGUCUUGCUUUAGUGAAUCUCACAUGUGACUGUAGGGUGAACAAGAUACGAGCCAUCCAAUGUGGAGCUGUGACCACGAUACUUCAGACUAUCAGUGGAUUUAAAAAAGAGAUGACCUUAGCUGUGUGUGCACUCAAGGCUUUAAGUACCCUGGUCACUGAAGAUGAAGCUUGCCAUCAAAUCUUGGAGAAUGGAGGUCUGCAUUUGCUUAAGUCACUUGUGGACGGUUUUCCACGUAACUCUGAUAUACUGUCUGACACAGCACUGGUGCUAAGCAGACUAGCUGUAUUACCAGCUGUCCAGUCCAUACAUCUCAAUAUCAUUGAUACUUUGUUGUCUUCUAUCUGGUCAUUGGGUCAAAAGGAUGAUCACGUUGUGCACACUCUUUGUCAUUCUUUUGAGAAUUUAUCCAAAACAGAUUCUGGUCGGAAACUGUUGGCAACCAAUCAAAGACUAGACAUCGUCCUACACAUGAUGAGCCAACACACACAGAGCACGCUCAUUCAGAGCACAGGCUGUAGGAUUAUAGCUAUGAUCUCCCUUUAUGUUAGCAACAAGGAAUCAAUCUUAACAGAAACUGCCGUCAAGAGUGUUCUGUCCUCCAUGGAGUUAUUCCCCUUAGACUUUGACGUCAUUCUAGUGGGUUGCGUCACCCUAACCUGCAUUAUUCAACAAAUGGAAAAAAUGAAAGAGAAAUGUCUAGCUUUCGGCGGUGUUUCCCGCAUUGAGCAAGCAGUGAGGUCUCACACAAAUGAUCCCAGAUUGGCUUUGGUCGCAGUACUAGCUCUGGGUCAACUUAUGCCCAUCGACUCUCAGAAGUAUCCCAAAGAAAGUUAUUUGGCUUGCAGCAUCAUCCUGUCUUGCCUGAACCGUUUCAUUAACAACAAAGACGUCUGGAUCGCUGGCUGUCAAGCUUUGUCCGAAACUGUUUUGUCUGAUUCAUGUUUAGCAGACGUGAAAAAAAUUAUCACAAAGAUGCCAAGACAGUUGAACUGCGAUCCUGAGAUCCGAGUGGUCAUAGACAAGAUUUUUAGAACACAAAACACUACAAUCAUAAGAUUAUAAAGCAGCUUGAAAUUUUGUUUUUUCUUGGACUAUGCCGAAAUUCGAAUACAUUUGUCACUGGUAUUUGGAAUGAAAUACCUUUGUUUUUCUACAGCGGUCAACAGGUUAAAAAUGAAAGAAGUCGAAUGUGGAAUAAUUAAGAAUUCAAUAUUUAUUUUCUUGAAUCUGGUUAUAAUUGUUAUUUAGGUACUAAGAUGGAAUGUCCAGUUAAGUGAUUACUGUAUAAAUUGUAUCCUUUCUAUUGACAGUAGUUUCGGAUAUUUUUUUAUUGACUAUGUAUUCUUUGUUGCCUUUUAUCUCUCUCUCACUGGCUUAUCUUAACUCCAACACAAAAGAGUAAAGAUGUGGGGGAGCUAAUUAGAACUGAAAAGUUUUUACUUUAUUUCUUCUAUUGAUUCGACAAACUAUGGAUAGAAUAGACGAGCUGACACCAGGGUCCCAUAUCUGUUUAUUGAGCAAACAAUUUUCAAACUUUUUUUUAUGUCUACUUUUGUGAAUUUAUUCUUGAAGCUGAAUUAUAACGUGUAUUAUUGCUUGAAAUAUAAAGUAUGCUCAAUAAUUUCAUGAAGGAUUAAAAUGUUUCAUUUCAUAAA